AACGAGUGUUCUUCUGAUGUUUACAUAGACGAUUCCGAUGACGGUAGUGAUUUUGUUGGAGGUAGUGAAAGUGAUGAAUCCGAGAUUGAUGAGCAAGUGACAUUGCCAAGUUUUACAAACACAGAAACAGAGUCUAUUAGACAGUAAUUUUGGACAGAACACAGUUAAUUGGCAGAAUACUUUUGAUUCGAUGAAGCUCUUUCCGUUUAUCAAACGAGAACAAAUGCUUAUUCCUGUUCCUGGUAACCAGCCAAUUGAUUACUUCAGACAUUUGUUGACGGACAAAUUCAUUGACUACAUAGUGUCUGAAAUAAAUGAAUAUGCCAUUGAAAUUUUUCUGGGCCCUAAAAUAAAACAAAAAUCCAGAAUAACGGAGUGGAAAGAGCUGACAAAUGAAGAAUUUUUAGUUUUCAUUGGACUUAUUUUACAUAUGGGAACAAUUAGACUCAACCGUGUGGUGGAUUACUGGAAACAAGACGAUUUGUUCAAUUUGGCGGCAUUUUCGAAAAAUAUGAGUAGAAAUAGAUUUUUACUUAUUCAAAGAUGUCUUCACUUCGCAAGAAACCCAAAGGUAAAUGAAGACAAGUCUGUUGAUAGGCUUUACAAAGUUCGUCCCCUAAUUACGUUUUUCAAUGAAAGGAUGGACGAAAUUUAUUAUCCUGGUCGUGAACUAAGUUUGGACGAAUCGAUGAUUCUAUGGCGAGGAAGGUUAGUAUUCCGCCAAUAUAUAAAAAAUAAAAGGCACAAAUUUGGCAUAAAGUUAUAUAUGUUAACAACUCCCAAUGGAUGUAUUUUACGA